CUUGCGGUCCGAUGACCUUGCCUGGUUGCUUCGUGCGUCCGAGUGGGCUUACAAGGUUGUGUGGCCGCUGCGCACUGACUUGUCCCGCACCAGCCCCUGUCUCUUGCUCCUGUGCAUAGUUGGAGCGGCAGCGCCGGAUUCAGCUCGCCCUUUUGCAGCCAGCCUGUUCGUGGCCAGCACAAAACCUUCAUCUUGGCCUGGAUACUCUACCACCUCUUUAACUAGGACUGGCCCUACUCUACUCUGCUCUCUAGUGAGGUUUUACCCUAUAUCCUUGUCAUGAGCUUCUUUUCCUCGCAGCGAGGAUUCGACCAUUCCGAUUUCUCCAGAGUGUCCAUGAGCACUCUCGACUCUUUCGACAACCUUUCUCCACAUCCCCUACAGUCUGUACUCCAGGGAUCGAGUCCACAGGACUCAAAUCACGCUGCGCAGCUCGCCGAUCAGACACACACUUUACCGAAAGUCGGCCAAACUCGUUGCUACUGGGCUCUGCUCACAUCGAACCUCAAUUUCGUGUACACGGACCCCGUGCUACAGAGUCACCUUGGAGAACAGGUUGAUGUGCUGACUGGCAAGUCCCUCCUGACCUUCGUGCACCCAGACGAACAAACGUCAGCACGAAACGACCUCGGAGGCGUGUUGGAGAGCAGGACCUUGCAUGGCAGCGUCACCCGCGUACGUUUCUUACGGCUUUCGCGUGUCCUUCGUACCCUCGGGCACGAAGGUCCCGGCCCGGACUGGCAAGAUGCCGAGAAAAUUGUGCUGGACGACAACUACAUGGCCGUGGACAUAGUCAUCAAUUGGGCUGCAGACGGCGUGGUGCUGUGCUUCAUCCACGCUGUUGUCGACAUCUCGGACCGUGACAAUGAUGAAGUCAACAAGACCGGGUGGACUAAUUGGUGCGGCACGCCGUACAUGAGCGAACAGCAAGUCCAACUCCUGCACAGCCGGCUCAUGGAGCACAUACCCCCGCCACCAUCCAUGGACCGCGUGUUUCAGAUUCUUUUGAACGAACAAGACCGACCCUUGUGGGCCAGCUGGCCUCCCGAACGCCAACAAGUACAAGGAGGACCCGACGCUAAGGACUUUGCCAAACUCGCGGGCCAGGUCUCCAUCGGCAACACUUCAAACGCGACGGACGCUAAAACAAGCUGCACUCGGCGUUACAAAGCCCAACAGAGCAUGUCUUACGGCAACGAAGGUUCUCGCGACGUGGAAAGUAUCUUUAUACCCUACGCUCAUUGUGCGGCACUAGGUUCUAUUAUCUUCGCCUGCCAUAAAGUGAACCCGUACAGCAAAAGUAGCUCUUACUCACCACACGCCGCGCCGCAGUAUUACCACGAGUCAGCAUACAACCUUCCACCUUUGCACGUUCCAUCGCCCUACCACGGCUACCCCCCGCAGGCGUCGCCAUCUCCAUACCCCUCUCAGAACUGGUCUGCAAGCUCUGAAGACAGCACACAGCCCUCCUACAAUCAGUGGACGUCUCAGAACGGCCCCAUGUCGUCGUCGCCCUCGAUCAGCAAUAUGCGUACAUCGACGUAUGGGCAUACCCAGCAGCCACAGCCGCAGGCGCAGCAUCAUUGGUCAUCCAAUCCGCCAUCCUAUAUGGAGUCGAAUGGCGGUGCGUACCCGUUCCCGCCGGCAAGCGUGCCUUACAGUGGCACUCCCCCUGCCCCCACCCCCGCCAACGAUGGCUCACCUGCCCCCGUUGAAGACGUUGUCCCAGCAUCCUCGAGAGCCAGCAAUCGACGCACGUCGAAGGAGUCGUUCACGAACGGCGGUCGAGGCUCGGGCAACCCACCCGUGGGUGUGCCCAAGUGCAGCAGCUGUGGCGUGACGCACAGUCCGGAAUGGAGGAAAGGUCCGAGCGGCAAGAAAGACCUGUGCAACGCGUGCGGGCUGCGCUACGCCCGUUCACGUGCGAAGAAAGAGGGCGGUACCACACGCCGGCGUAAGGACAAGGUUAUGAAUGCCAUGUCGAACAAGUCCGAUCACUCGCCCUCCGCGUCGCCCGUGAACAUGCCUUUUCCACCUACUCCCCGCCGUAGCGGCGUGUACGACGACAUGCAGUUCCUAGCAGGUGGGCAGGUGCCUCCCUCUGCGAGUGAUGCCUUCGCCGCCCAGCAAGCACACGCAGAGCUAAACGGGAUGAAGCAUUCGCCUUCUCCGACCGCGCAGGCAGCUUUUGCCGCCUACCACCCGGCGCCACCGGAGCAACAUAGCUCGCAUCCACAUGAUCACCGUCAGCAUUUCGCGCAGCAUGGUUUCUACGGCCAUCUGCCCAGCAUCGAGCUACCACACGGCAGCCAGGGCACAACUCUUCCCCGACUGGAUGCUGCUAUGCAACUCCCCACAAGGCUGUCGCCGUCCAUGCAUUCGCCGGCCUCCCCAGCCCCGCAGGCGCACUUCUCGUCGACGCCAUACGACCACGAGAGACGACGUGAUAAGGGGUACGAGUCCAUCGCUCUCCCUCCCACGCCGAUUGCUGCCGACGGUAGGGUUGGUGGAAAGUAUUAAGCACUGCAAAUUCUUUGGUGUCCUCCCUCUGGUUUAUUUGAUUUUCCUUUGAUCAGGCGACUGCAGUGUGGUCGCCCGGCCGUUUCUGCCUUCUCCACUCUUCUCCACUCUUCCUCUCCCAAUUCUUUAUUCUCGCGCACAUAUCUAUCCAACUGUGUUUAUAGCGCUUUUGUAUGAAUCAAGAGGGACAUUUGUGAUCCGUUUUACUGUAUUUACGUUAAAUAAAUGACAGGAUAGACAUUCGCG